AUGAGGGAGAAUUGCAUGACGGCAGGCAGCGAUGUCCGUUCGGCAAAGGCCGUUUCGGGCGCGGUCGACAAUACGAUGGGCCAUGGUGGCGCGAGCCUUCCGCCGAUAGGCGGGGAGGAUCGUGCCCGUGCGACGCUUUAUGGCCUUCUGGCGAGUUCACUGGAAGCGCCGGUCGGCUCCGAGUGGCUUUCCGUCGUUAGUGCCCUUGAAGGCGCCGAAGGUGAUGUCGGCAUGGCGCUCGCCGAUGUUGUCCGCCUGGCCCGCGAAGCCGAUCCUGCCCGUCUGGCCCGCGAUUACCACGACCUCUUCAUCGGCGUUGGACGCGGUGAGCUCAUUCCCUAUGGAUCGUUCUACCUUACCGGCUUUUUGAACGAAAAGCCGCUUGCGAGGUUGCGCGCGGAAAUGCGGCGCCUCGGCAUUGAGCGUGAUCCCGAGGUGAAGGAGCCGGAAGACCACAUCGCCGCCGAGUGCCAGAUCAUGGCGGGGCUGAUCCUGGGAGACUUCGGCUCAGGGGCGGAGGGUGAUGCGUCGACCUUCUUCCGGGACCACCUGGGAAUCUGGGCUCCGUAUUUCUUCCGCGAUCUUGCCGCCACGUCCGUUGGUGACCUCUAUCCGGCGAUCGGCCGGCUCGGCGGACCUGAACACGAUAUUCGAAGACGAGGGAGCGGCUCGGGCCACCUGAUCCGUUCUCACACAGACGCCGUGUCGGGAAGUUCCAGGUGCGGCGACCAGACUGAACAACCGGCGUGGUCGAGGCCAGACAGUGGCGACCGGGCCGAGCAUGAGGAGAGAAGCAUGAAACGCAAGGACACGGCCGUGGAAGCCGAUCGCCGCAGCUUUCUCAAGCUCGCGGGCCUUGGUGCGGCGGCGGCGCCGAUGACGCUUGUGGCCGGAGGUGCCGAGGCGGCCGAGGCCCCGUCCGAGAAGGCGGCGGGCUACCGCGAGACGGAUCACGUGAAGCGAGCCUACGAGACGGCGCGCUUCUGA